AUGUAUGGUAACGUCGCACUAGUUUAUGGCAGUAUCGGAGAGUAUGCAAAAGCAAUUUCAUUAUUCGAAAAAUCACUUGAAAUUCGUCAAAAAGUUCUUCCUUCAAAUGAUCCUUAUUUGGCUACUUCUCAUAACAACCUUGGUAUGAUGUAUUACAGAAAAGGUGAAUAUGCAAAUGCACUUUCAUCUUAUGAAAAAGCACAAGAAAUCUACAAAAAAACUCUUCCAUCAAAUCAUCCCGAAUUCGCUCUAUCCUACAAUAAUAUCGCAUCCGCAUAUAACAGCUUGGGAAAUUAUUCGAGUGCACUUUUGUUUCAUAAAAAAGCUUUAGACAUUCGACAAAAAGUUCUUCCUCCUACUCAUCCGGAUUUUACUGUUUCUUAUAUCAAUAUCGCUUCGGUGUACGAAGCAAUGGGUGACUAUUCACAAGCACUUUCAUUUCAUGAAAAAGCACGUGAAAUCUACGAAAAAGUUCUUUCAACAAAUCAUCCUAUGUUGGCUACUUCCUAUAACAAUAUCGCCUCAAUAUAUCAUAAAAUCGGCGAAUAUUCGAGAGCACUUUCGUAUUAUGGAAAAGCACAUGAAAUUAUUACAAAAAUCUAUCCAUCAAAUCAUUCUUCGUUAGCUACUUCCUACAAUAACAUAGCUAGCGUAUAUCAUUCAAUAAGCGAGUAUUCGAAAGCACUUUUAACUCAAAAAAAAGCACAUGAAAUCUUAGAAAAAGCUUUUCCAAUCAAUUAUCCAUUGUUAGCUACUUCUUACAACAACAUGGCUAUAUUCUAUAAUGCUAUGGAUGAUUAUUCAAACGCACUUUUAUCUCAUAAAAAAGCACUUGAAAUCGGACAAAAAAAUCUUCCAUCAAAUCAUCCAGACUUAUCAACUUCUUACAAUAAUAUUGGUUCGGUAUAUUUUGAUAUCGGUGAAUAUCAGAAAGUACUUCCAUUUUUCGAACGUGCUUUAAAUAUUUUAAAACAAUCAGUACCGGCAAAUCAUCCUCAUCUUCAAAGUGUACAAGAAACUAUCAUAUUUUUGAAACAAAAAUUGUAA